GUAAGGCAAUUUACUUAAUAACUGUAACAUAAUAUAAUAUAAUCAGUCAAUGGAACAAUUAAAAAACCGAAAACGACCAAAUAUUUCAGAUAACGAAGAUUAAAAGUUGCUUAUUUAGUUGUUAUAACUGUAUAAUUAGAUUUGCAUUUAAAAACUUACUUCGCGAAAAAUUCUCACGUGUGGAUUGACACUUGAUUCGAAAUUUCCUCGCUAAAGUUUUCAAUUUAACGAGUCUCCAAUGCAAGUAAACACACGUGACAUUGAAAUGAGAUUAACAGAAAAUUGCAACUUCGCUUGCACUCGCAAAUUCAAAGGUUGACACAAAAGUGCCCCUUUACCGACUACCCUAGACUGGAAAGGACGGCCCUGCGACGCAGCACCCACGGACCGUGACGAUAUUGGAUGGCGGUGGGGAUCGGACAACACAUGGCGGGGGUAAAGAGCCGGGUUUCCGUUCUAGGGCGCGUUCGCGUUCGCGGCGUAGCGCGGCCGGCCGGCGCGGCGGGAGAAGUGAGAGAGCCCCCGACCAAGGGAAGAAUCGGGGUCCACAACAAAAUCGCUUAAUCGCUUUGCGCCACCGUCCGCAACGGAGCACGGCCCGUCCGUCGGCGUCGCCGCCAUCGCAGUGCCCCCUAGUGUGCGUGCAUGCCCGCUCUUACUCGCUCCCUCUCUCUCUCUCUUUCUCUUCCUCCCUCUUUCUCUCCUUCUCCCGCCUCCCCUUCUUCCGCGCCUUCUUGGUCUCUCCCGCUAUCUUCGUCUCGCCGUGAUUCGCUAUGCCACUUCGGGCCGCGACGUUUUCACGGGCAAUUCGUGAGUGACAGCUGUCUGUGGCCAACGCGUUACGUGCGUGUCUCUCGCGACGACGGCUUGACACCGGCGAUACCGGCAGUGCGUGCGUGCGUGCGUGCGUACGUACGCGUGAUUGCACGGAUAAUAUACACUCGGCGGCGGCUGGCGGCGGCUGGCGGCGGCUGGCGGCACCGUUACCGUUUCGCGCCCUCGCAAUCCUGUGUUUAUCACCUGAUACGGCGAAAGUGUGUGUUCCACCCUCCUCUUCUCCUCGCAGGACCUUCAAUCGCGGGGUUGCCGAUUAUCGCGCGGAUUGUCGUUGCUACUGCCGCUGCUACCAGUCUGAUUUGUGGGUCAGGUCAUGGUAAGCGGCGGAAUGGCCGGGCAGCACUACUGCCUGCGCUGGAACAACUAUCAGUCGAAUAUGACGUCGGUGUUUCAUCAACUCCUGCAGACUGAGGCCUUCGUCGACGUCACUCUGGCCUGCAACGAGGCCUCGUUAAAGGCGCACAAGGUCGUGUUAUCGGCUUGCAGUUCCUACUUUCAGAAGCUACUACUGUCGAAUCCCUGUAAACACCCAACGAUUAUUAUGCCGCAGGACGUGUGCUUCAACGACCUUAAGUUCAUCAUCGAGUUCGUCUACCGCGGUGAGAUAGACGUCUCACAAGCGGAGCUUCAGUCACUGUUGAAAACGGCCGAUCAGUUGAAAAUCAAGGGCCUCUGCGAAGUGCCAGAAAACAGGGACGGUCCACCACCCGUCAGUUUGAGUUCACCGCCAAGAGAAUCGGGUACUCCGAGGUUAAACUACACAAAACUGAAGAAGCACCAUCAGCGGUACAAACGGUCCAGAAUCGAGCGGCCUACGUUCGAGCCACGCGCUACCGAUCCGAGACAUUACGAGCGUUACAAAGAGGAAGAGGGGAACAACGAUUACAGUCGCAAUAAUAAAGAGAAUCACCUGGACUGGCAAGCUGAAGAUGAAGAGUGCACGGAGACAGCAACAGCAGCAGUAGCAUUAGAAACUUGCCAACGUAACAACAAUAAUAAUAACAACAACAACGGUAACGGGACGAACAAUAAUAACGGUGACAUGUUCUGUCACACAGGGCUAGGUCACUAUGGCCAUCAUCCGGAUCCUGGAGAGGUCGAUUUGCCCCCUGAGACCCAACCUACUCCGCCCAGCGCCACCUUGGUCGGCACCACUAUCACCCAUCUGAGAGAUCCGGAUCAUCAUUCUACAGAGAUACAAAAUUGCGACAGCGUUAAGAUCAAGUUCGAGACGUUGCACACGAUGGACUCGUCAGACACGAUCGACAUAGAUAGCCACAUGUCAGAUCGAGCGAGCGUGAGCUCGAAGAACGCCGCCGAUAGUGACAACAUGAUGAUGAUAACGCCGGAGCUUCUCGGAUUGAUGCCGUCGGGAAGCUCCGGUCAUUCAGACUCCGGCGAGAACAACUCGAGAGGACAGUCAAGCUCGCAUCAUCAUGGCUCAAAAUCGUGGACGCAAGAGGACAUGGACGCAGCUUUGGACGCAUUAAGAAAUCAUGAUAUGAGUCUGACAAAAGCUUCGUCAACAUUCGGUAUUCCGUCAACUACUCUGUGGCAACGGGCGCAUCGAUUGGGCAUCGACACACCGAAGAAAGAUGGUCCGACGAAAUCGUGGAGCGAUGAAAGUCUGAACAACGCUUUAGAAGCGUUACGCACUGGCACUAUCUCGGCUAAUAAAGCAUCUAAAGCCUUCGGUAUACCUUCCAGCACGUUGUACAAGAUUGCCAGGAGGGAAGGCAUUAAACUAGCCGCGCCUUUUAACUCAACCCCUACGACAUGGUCGUCCGCUGAUUUGGAUCGUGCUUUAGAAGCGAUAAGAUCCGGUCAGAUGUCUGUACAAAGAGCAUCGACAGAAUUUGGUAUACCCACCGGUACUUUGUACGGAAGAUGCAAGCGGGAGGGAAUCGAGCUUAGCAGGAGCAAUCCUACUCCAUGGAGCGAAGACGCUAUGACUGAGGCUAUCGAGGCCGUUAGAUUAGGGCAUAUGAGCAUCAAUCAAGCAGCAAUCCAUUACAACUUACCAUAUUCCUCGCUGUACGGGCGUUUCAAAAGAGGCAAAUACGAAGAACCAGUCGUCGGUGAGAUUUCACAGGACGGCAGCAAUCCACAUUUCCAUCAGAGUCCCAACCAGAAUCACUCGUCCGCCCUCCCGGAUCAAAUGCCUUAUCCGGGCAGCUGAAACUUACCUCUUUAUUAGAGUAUUAAGUUAGCUUAAGGCUCUAGACUUUUCGAUUCGUCGAUCGUCGCGCUGCAACUCCUCGAAAACAAAUUCUUCGAUGUACGUACACGUGAGAGGGCUAUUCCAAAAAAAUGAGAUGAGAAAUCGAUUGGGGGAACGCCACUACAAAGAAAUAUACAUAUUGUAACAGCGGAGAGGAAGAUUUACCCGCAGUAUUAAAGGCGGAUCGCGGUAAGCGAGCAUUAUGUACAUUGUAUGAUUUUUAUGCUGGGGCAAGAAAAAAAUCGUAGAUUAUACUAUAAUAAUUUAUAUAUAAGAGUUAUUUAUAAAAGAGAGAGAGUGUGUACAGAGAUCGAGCAGGUGCCGUCCUUGACGGAACUACUUUUAGCAUUUUAAGUCGCCUAAAAGAACGAUAUGAAAAUAGCUGUGACGAGAUAGUUUUUUCUUUAUUGAAAACGACAUAGAACCUGUAAUAAUGAUUUUGAUCGGUACUUUUGUGAGACUUUUUAUUACCGUGAAAUGAUAAGAGCGGCAAAAUUCCCGUAUGCGAACGCGCAUUAUGAACGAGGCAAAAGUAUACAAAGUGCGAUCGAAAGGAUGGUACAACCGUGCCUCUUUAAAACAAUACUACGAGACUAAUUUUAUUAAUCACGUUUCAUCAAUUAGUUAAUGAAACCAAUUUUCCUCUAUUGUUAUUCACAAAGCUGUACUUAUCGAGUUAUAGAUGUAGAGUGCAUUAAAUGUGAAUCCAUAAUUCACCGGGCACGGCUUUGCAAGGAGCAACAAAAGUACCAGUCUCAGCAAUUUCUUCAAUUAAUUAAAAAAAACUCGAUAAAAUGUACGCAACAUUGUUUUUCAUAUUUGUUUUUAAACUUAAUCAUUCACAUUGAAAGUUGAACUGACAUGUACAAAUACGAUAAUCGCAACCGUGUCACUUGAUAAAUCUUACGUUUGUUAAGUGUGUGCGUAUCCACUAGAUUUUUAAAAUCAAUAUUUUCAAAGACUUUUAUUUUCAACUUAUAUUAGCAUGAGAAAUCUCGAAAAAUCGUUUCUGGUUGUGCCAUUAUUUCGGUCACAUUUUGUUUAUAUAUAAUUUAGCGUUACCCGCAAAAUUUGAAUACGUAAUGAUGAAAGUGACAUAUGUGAGAUAGAAACGGUUAAAGAAAAACGAUAACGACACAAGAUUCAUUCGUCACAAGCAGAUUUUUUUCUCUUUAUGGAUUUUUCCUUGCAAAGCUGUAAGGACGUGUAAAAGUUGCAAGUGCAUUUCGUUUCGUUACAUUGAACAAUCUAAUUUUUACAUACAAUGAAUCUAGAACAAGAACUUGUUCAUUCUCAGAAUAUUGUUACAGCCUAAUUUUUAUGGUAUUUUAUCUGCUAAGUUUCUAGCAGACAAAAUUCAACGAGGAAAUUCACAUAUGUGCUACAGACAUUUUUUAAAUAUUACAUCUCAUCAGAGUGGACUGAUAGAUAGUAUUUUUCUCAAUUUUUUAUUUGUCAAUUCUUUUGUGUUACGUGUUUUAUUGAAAAA